AGCCCCACCUGCCGGUGUAUUUCUGGACCUGCUUAUCUUACACAUCUCCAUUCUUAACCUCAUACUAGUGAGCCUGCAGAUGGAGGGUACACAAUACGUUUACAUUUAUUGUGGCAGGCUUUAUGUUAACUGAUGAGCUUUGAGGUUAAAAGUACUUCAGCUUCCAGUUGCCUUUUUGUCUGAUAAUCGCUUUCCUGCGACUCUGCAACUUUGGUGUUGCUGUAUGUAUUAAACCUUCGCCGGAACACGCCGGACAACAAACCGCGCGAACCUGGCCAUAGAGCCCCGCCCACCCCGUUACCACCAUCUCCACCAGUAAAUAUGGCUAGCUGUUAGCUUGUUGAUGUUGUCGUCGUUAGAAACUCGGCUGGUUCUCUGUCCACCACAUAACAUCGCUGUCUGAGCAAUUUAAGAGCGGGAGGCUCAAAACUUAAACCCGGGAUGUGCUCCGUCGUCGGCUGUGAUUCGUGGCGUCGCAGUGCGCAACGCUUCAAGUUACCAGAAGAUCCAGAGGAGAGACUGGAGUGGGUUCAGUUUCUUGGUGAAGCCAACAGACAGCGUUUUAAAGAAUCGUGCUGGACUGACAUAACCAUUUGUAUCGAGCACUUUACACAUGACUGCUAUGAAAAGCUGACUCCGACAGGCAGGGUCCAGCUGAAGCCCAGAGCUGUCCCAUCACUGUGCCUCAAGUCAGAGCCAGAAGAACCUCUGGAGAGCCCACAACACGUGGAGCCUGUGGAAACCACAGAAGUUGCUUCUCAGUGUGACCUUACAACAUGGCAUGGUCCAAAUCCCUGUUCUCAAAACUCAAGAGCAAAUUCAAAUGGUUCCCUAACAAGUCCCGGGUCAAGUGUUGUCUCAUUGUCAUGUUCACCUGAUGUAUCAAAUACUGGUCAGAUGCAACAGGAUGUUAUGAAUAUUAAUUUGAACCAGGAAAAGGCUGCAUGUGUACCGAUGGAAGGAAAAGUUGUUGUGAACGGAAACUGCCUCAUGCAGUUGUUUCGCAGCAGGUGUCCAUCAUGCGGCGGGAUGUUACAGAUGGAGAAGGUCACCCAUGGGAUACUCAUCAUCUUUAACCAACAGUGCCUUCAGUGUGAGUACAGAAACCAGUGGAAGAGCCAGGUCAACAGUGCUCCAACAGCUGAUCAACACCUGACAGGAAGCAUAGAUGUAACUCCAGAGAUCCAACAGGAGCCUGUCGAAACUGCAGAAGUUGCUUGUCAGUGUGACCUUAAAACAUAUGAUAGUCCAGCUUCCUGUUUUGAAGAAUCAAGAGUAAAUUCAAAUGGUUCCCUAGCAAGUCCUGGGUCAAGUGGAGUCUCAUUGUCAUAUUCACCUGAUGUUGGUCAGAUGCAACAGAAUGUUAUGAAUAUUGAUUUGAACCAGGAAAAGGCAGCACAUCUGCAGAUGAAAGGAAAGGUUGUUGUGUAUGAAAACUGCCUCAUCCAGUUGUUUCGCCACAAGUGUCCAUCAUGUGGCGGUAAACUUCAAAUGGAGAAGGUCACCCAUGGGAUGCUCAUCAUCUUGAACCAACAGUGCCUUCAGUGUGAGUACAGAAACCAGUGGAAGAGCCAGGUCAAUGCUAGCGUCCCACCAGCUGAAGUUCAACACCUGACAGAAGGCACAGAAGUAACUCCAGAGACCCAACAGACAACGCUGACAGAUGUCGACCCCAGCUGUGCGGUUUCGUCUGAGAUUGUUACUUUUAGUGAUGAAGAAAGUAAUCCCUCAGAUGAAGGAGAGGAGGGUGAUCAAGGUGCAGUGAGUUCAGACGGGGAGUGGAAUCCAACAGAGGAUAUUUUGCUGGCUGAAGAGCUUGCAAAGGGUUCAGAUGAGGAAACUGAAGAGGAGGGAGAUUUUGAUUCCCGUAGUGGCCUCAGAAUUAAUGAACUCUGCACAGAGUGUGGAAGUUUUUUUAAUAUCCUGAAGCCUCACACAUGUGAGUACAAAAUAAAGCCAUAUUCCUGCAAUAUUUGUGGCAAAAGAUGUGUUAGUGAGAGUUCUCUAAAACAUCAUAGCAAUAUCCAUGAUGAAACCUAUGAACAUCCUUGCAAAUACUGCCAUGUAACCUUCAGAACAAGGGUGGACAAACUCAAACAUGAGGAGACCCAUCAAGAUAGUGCGACACCUUAUAAAUGUCCAGACUGUUCAGAGACAUUCGCAACCAGUAAAGAACGCAGCAUUCACCUGGCAGAUCACAGAAUCUCAAAGGAGUUCAGAUGUGGAGUCUGUGGGAUUGAAUUUAGGGAUAGACCUCAUCUCCAGAGACACUCUGUUGUGCACACAGGGUUGAAACCGUACAAGUGUUCAGAGUGCCAACGCAGCUUCAGCCAGUCAAGCCACCUCAAAUCCCACAUGCGCCUGCACACAGGGGAGAGGCCUUAUAAGUGUCAGCAUUGCGACAAAUGCUUCAAUCACAAUGUGAGCUUGAAGAGUCAUGUGCAGCGUUACCACACAUCCGGUUCUGGAUGUGAACGGAAGAAGGGUAAGGAAAGGGCAAGCGACACUAGUGAUGCUCAAGAGGAUGGGAGUCAGAAAGGCACAGAUUUGGAGGUCGACAAUGUAGAGGAGGAGCAGCAGCAUACAGAAGAGGAGGUGCAGAAUGAGAGACUUACUACAGCAAAAAUGAAAAGGAGGAGGAGCACAGGCAGACCCAUAGGAAGGCCCAAGAGAGAUGCAGCAGGCAACUUAAUUCUGGGCAAUCAAAUGGAAGGCCAGGGUUUAAAUACUAAGACUGGAAAAGUAAAGGGACAGAAGUUGAAAAGAAAACGUUCUAGCAACGAAGAGAGUGAGGAUGAGCUGACCAACAGUGACACAUCCUUUGACUCAGCAGAAGAAGAAGAAGAAGAAGAAGAUGAAGAGGAGAGAAGCAAAACAGUGAGAAAGAAUGCUGGGAGAGGAAAAACAAGACCAAAAAAUGACAGUGACUCUGAUUUUGACCCAGAAGAACAAACAAAGCAAAAGAGGCACAACAGCCAGAGCAGUGUUCAGCGUACAGCAGAAGCCACUGUGGAGUGGAGGUCUACGGCAUAGAGGAACGAGAUACAUCAGGCUUUGGAUACAAACACAAUACUUCCCCCCCUCCGUAUCACCACCUAUCUGUGUAGAAUUACCCCCAUCAACAGUGCAAUCACUUGUCUCCUGAUAUCCAGCCUGGUUGACUGGCAAGUAUUAGUUUGCUCCCUCUGUCACAGUGCAGCAUCAUCAAUCCAAAAGCAGCAGGGACGUAGUAGUGUGUCAAGGAUGUCAACGUGUUUUCUCCCUGACUUGGGACAUAUGUGUAAGAUCUUAGUCAAAGAUGAGCAUAAAUUUGAUGGUAGAGGGGCCCAAAAAUCCAUACCGUUGUCAGUCCUGAAAUUUAAACCCACAUGCGAUGCCAACACUCUACAGCCUUCAUCUUUUGAAUUACAGUGUGUGUGUCAAAUACUCAGCUGUAUUUUUCACAGCAGAGAUUAAUAUCGAAGUACAUUCAUGCCGUCUGCUCACUUGUAAUUUAAAAGCAUUUUUAAAAAACAAAAUAUUGAAGAUGUAGUACUUUUUUUCGCAGUAGUGGAAACAUAUCUGUGAAACAUUCGAUAAAGUAUUUUCAGAGUAGAACACACUGAUUAAAUGCCAACAACAGUAACAGUGUUUGUCGGUACUAAUUGCAGGCCUUCUUUAAUCUAUUCAUAUUCAUAUCUAUUAUACAUCAAUUCACAUUUGCAAUUGUGGGAUUUAAUCAGAAAAGCACAGUUUUCAGUUUUAUGUUCCAAGUCAAGGCAACAAAAUGCAUGUUUAGAAUUCACAUGUAUGGCUGAACGGUCGAUGAUCUUGGCCGACACGUUUCCUGUGUAAAACUAAUGAUGCCUGACAGAUAAUAUCAACAUGCAGGAGCUUCAGCAUAUUGCAUUCAUUUAGCAUCCUUCUGCCUGUUGCUUUUCUUGGCAGGAAUGAAAACCCUGUCCUCAGACACCGGCAGAUUAGAAAAUGCACUGAUAGAGAAAAAAAUGCAGCAUUAGAGAUUACUGAAAGUAUCAUUUUUUGAAACAUAAUAUAAAAAACAUUUAGCACUCAGUAGUGUGCAUACUGUGAUGGCCCCUGCCUAACCUACCUUAAAUGUAUUGAUGCUGGUGUGGUUAUGAGUUACUGUUAUAUUCCAUUAUGUC